GCUAUAAAAAAACAGCCAGAACGCUGUGGCUUUUGAAGAAUUAUCAUCAAGCAAACAAGCAGGACAAACGAAGGUAGUCUAAUAUAUGGCAAGAAUGCUGCUUCAAAUCAAAUUCCUGAACGGCGAGACCUACUCCCUGGAGGUGAGCCCAAGUAACACCGUCGGAGAGUUGAAGAGACUCAUCCAGUUGAAGAGCGGCGAUGCACCUGCGUGUCUGAAGCUCAACGCAAACGGGAUCAACUUCAGCAAUGAUUCCAGUACACUCAGUACCAUCGGCUUGCAGUCUGGUUCCUACAUCAUGGCUCUGAUACAGGAUCCCGCGCCUAUUCAGGUGUUCCUAAAGAACGAGAAGGGUCAGAUUAAACCCUAUGACGUGGCCCCAGGUGAAAAAGUAAUUGACUUCAAACACAAGGUCUACAACAACGAGAAGGUUCCAGAGGACCAGCAGGUACUGAUUUACAAUGGCAAGCAACUGGAAGAUCGACGAAAGCUGGAGGACUAUGGCAUUGAAUCAAAGAGCACCAUCUAUCUCACACUCCGUCUCAGAGGAGGUUGAUUUGAAAAUGGACAAUAUCACAUUUAACACAAUUAAUUCUGAUAAAUAUUUGUAUUAUUAAUGUAUUGUAUGUAUUAUUAAUUAUUCAUUAACUUAUUAUGAUGAGUGAUGUAAGUUAAUCAUGAUUCUGGACACUUCAGCAUUGUUGUGUUAUUGUGGACAGUGUAUUAUAGUGCAUUAGCCUAUAGCCUAGGCCUACAUUAAUUCUUGAACAUCCUUUAAAUUUGUAAAGAUGUAUGCAUGUUUUAUGUCUUAUUUUAAAUAUACCAUUGAAAUUGAACUGAAUAAGUGAUUGCACACCUAAGGGGUAAUAUACUCACAAUCUUAAUAAAGCAGCAUUAACCGUGA